AUGGGAAACGGCCAAUCAGUACAGGGCCCAAGGCGGGGUAAGAAGUUAUCGAAACCCAAAACUAAGCCUACUGGACCACCUCUAUCGAACUCCAAUAGCCCCAAUCCGAGUCGUCGAAAUUCCGUUAAUGGAAAAGGCAUUGUAGCUGCAGCUGCUUCAAAACUUCCUCAUGGCAAGCUGGACAGUGUUCUUGAGAACGAAUCUCUUGAACAUAUAUCACAACCAACACCGAAGAAGAAGAAGAGAAUGAGUAUCUUUAGGUCAAAGAGCUCAAAAAAGGAUAUGGGGAACACUCAACUGGAUGUUAAUGUCAAUAGUGUACCGAGUGUUCCACCACCAAUGACUACACCCAGGUUUACAAGAAGUGAUUCCUUAAACUCUGUUAGCGUCGAAGCAACAGAAGAAAAGCCUUGGGCUGCUCCAAAUCCUAGAACAUCUUUUCAUCCUUCGCGAAAAUCGCUACCACACGCCCCAUUUGCAUCGAAUAAUAAUAAUAAUAAUAAUAAUAGUAAUAACCGACUUUCUCUCGUUUCUGAGGGGCUUUCUCCAAGACCAGAUUCUAUAAAUAUUGCAACGGGUUUGGCUGGGCAACAUUUUGGAGAAAUGGAUUGGCAGUUGUCAGACCCAUUUUGUCAAAGAACUCAAUCAGAUCCUGCGAUAUAUGCUCCAAUCCGCAGAAAAUCUCUUCUCCAACAUGGCGUAGCGACAAGACCCAGCAUUACAUCGAAUCAGCAAUCUUUCCAAAAUCAUAUUCCUGCUUCAUACCACAACAUUGGAAAAUGGUCAGCAUCUCCUCUAACAUUAAGGACAAAUGUGGAUAAUGAAAAUCCUGCGGCGCGUACUUCGACUCCCAAUGACCUUGGCCAUAUUGGUUCAUUUCAGCUUGGUUCAUUGAGAAUUACAAAUGGUUCAGCAAGUCCUACACCUAGUGCCGAUGAGAGAAGAGCCAGUCUCCCGCACAAUGAUCAACAUAUUGCUACUCUGAAAGCAAGCUCCAAAGUUCAAGGUAUUGCUCAUCGAAGCUAUACUAUCUCUGUUCCUGCAGAAGCUAUGAAACGUCCUUGGGCACCAACUUUCCUAGAACCUUCUUCUGAAAACAGUUCUCAUGAAUCUCUGACCAUCAAAAUUCCAGAUAAUACAUCUACUCUCAAAUCUCCAUUGUCACCCACUGAUGUUCAUUCUCUGACUCUUCCUCCUCAAUUGAGCCCAUUUUCUUUUGUUGAAAGUCCCAUCGGAUCUCCAUCAUUACAAGCUACGAGCAAGAACACUGCUGUAGAUGACGAUUUGUUUGAGAUUGAAAUGUCUACACCUACACUUGAGCCUUCUUCCAGUAAUGAUAAUCGUUCAUUUGACUCCGGUUAUGGCCCGUCGCCUGCUACACCAGAACAACAAACGGACCGGAUUCAUGUUCCACGAGAUAUGAUAUUGAAACCACUGGCAAAGACAGACAGUGGAUAUAACUCAUCUACAUCCGAAAAGAACGCAGCCGCGAAAGUUUUGCCGACAAGGAUAUCUCUCAAGACAACGGAAGCACCACGUGCUCCAGCAAAAGAAUCUCUGCCUCAUAGUCUAUCCCUGGCAUACAGUGAUGUCCCGAGCGACAAUCAGUUCUUCAAUCAAUCACAUGGCUCGGCCAAUCACGCUAUUCCUAUGGUCAGUCCAGAAGCUCAGAAAACGACAAGAUUGAACAAUGUCUCUUCACCAAGUUUAGCUUACCAAGCUCAAAUUCCACAGCAAACGCCAAUGUAUCAUCGACAGAGCAUGCCACUAGUUCCGCGUCAACCUCAAACCUUUGUUGCAGGCGAAUCUCCAAGCUCGCAGUGGGAAAUGCAGAGACAACGCCCACAAUCUUAUUACUCGGGCAGUCCGGGAUUUACAGCGCAAUCUCGAUCACAUAGUGAGAAGCACUUGCCUACUGCAGCUUCAUAUCAACAUAGCGAAAAAGUGGAUGAAAUUAUGGGAUACAAAGCAAUGCGGAGGGUCAGUUCGAAAGAAACCAUUACCACGAUCAUGUCACUUGAGCCUGCUGAAAUAGAGUCUACAUACAAUAGGCUGCACAAUGCAAUCCCUCCUAUUCCUACAUCCAUCCCAGAGGAGGAAUACCACGCUGGCUGGAAGCCACCAAACGUACGAAGACACUCUUGUGCUCCAGCAGCUCUGUCUACACCAAAAAAUCGAUACACAUUACAACCGUAUCACACCCCCACUUCCCUGAAUACAUAUCCACAGGAAGACCAGACAGAUUUUGAAAAUCAUGUCACAUCUUUCGAGACAAUCAAGAACAGUCUUGGGGGCUCUCCUUAUGAUUUGGCACUUACAGCAAUGGAAAAGACACCUCCGAGGGCUGCGCCAAGAGGCACACCUGCACCAGGGACGACAAGCAUGACUGCGCAACUGCAAUCUACACACGUCAAUCUCAUUCGAUCUCAAUCUGAGGAACCUCCACUCUCGAGGCCUCAUAUCAACGAACACCAAGAAUCUUACAACAAGCUUGUUGGCGGCAACCCAUUCGAUAAUGAUAGCACUGGACCGAACUCAAGGGCGACUUCCUCAGGCUCAACAUUUACUCUUCGAGAUUUACCGUCGCAAAGACGAACGCCCGAAGACGAUGGAAAGAGAUUAUUCAUAGCAAGAACUAGUAGGGUCAAUAGUCCUCCACAUGUUUCUUUCCAGACUCAACGAAGUUCCGUUCCGGUCCCUGCUCUGGGACAAUUGGUUUUACCAAAAGUAAGAUUUACAUCUGUGGAACAAUCUUUGCCACAGCCAGUGUCGCUAGAAAAGCAAAUUUCUCCACAAAGAAAGCCGGUUACAUCAGCGCCAACAUCACAUACUCCUCAUACCAUUCGAGAGGUAAGAAGCCAGACAUCGGUAGCAUCGGGGCAAGAACUCUGGUUUGAUUCACCAGAAAAGCAAGACUUGCCUGCGCAACUUAAGAUUGGUUACUCCGAAAGACCAUGCAAGGUCAGAUCUCAGAUCGUUAGACCAGCUGCACAGUUCCAUCGACCUAUUCCCCCUCAUCACUUCAGUUUUGAUGUCCAUAAUAACUCGGGAAAGAGUUCAAGGACUGCGAGUGUGUAUAGUGAAAAGGAAUGGGAGAUUCAUGCGGGCGCAUACGACCACACGUACGGUUCUUCUACUAAUCUCCACGAGCUCUCUGGUGAUACGCCGAAGAAUGAAUACGAUGCACAAUACGUAGAAGAACCCCAAACGAUUCCAGAAUUGGGGAAUUCAACGCAAGAUAUGUUAGUACUAGAUCGAUAUGCAGGAGGUCUGGGAUACGGAUUUGAGCCCAACUACGGAAUAGGUGGGAGCGCGGGAACCAGAAACGGCGGGAUGAUGAAUAAAGGAGGGAGAAAGGGGGUUGAGGUGUCUAAAGAGUGGGGUUUGGAUUUUAGUGAUGUGCCUAUUAUAAUGCAGAGAGUACCAGUUGGAGCUGGUAUUUAA